AGAACACACACCCACGCACAACAGGCUUCUAGUGGCUUUGAUGAACCAGUGAUGUCACUCAUGCUCUAUGACAUCACUGAUGACUUUGAUCCAUCUCCCUUUAAUCCCAACUCAUUUGUGCUACAUGUCAGAUUGCUCUACAACUCCGAAGAACAAUACUGGCUUUUACAUACGAAUAAUCUUGACWUUUCAACAAGUGUACAAAAAAUGUCCGAAGAUAGGAGUUACACACAUGUGCCUAGUGAGCUUGCCAACAUUUUAAAUAAAGUAAAUUUUGAUGAAGUGAUACACAGAAGAUUGAAGGAGGAAAAUCAACAACUGAAACAGAUUGUUGAAUGUCUCAGUUGGAAGAUUGAGCGUGCCAAGACUUCUGGAAAUGCUUCCACGGUACCAGACCUGCAAGCAGAGUAUGAAAUACUGGCAAGUCAAAACAACACACUCCGUGCGCAGCUCGGGUCGGUUUAUGAAGCACUUCAUGAGACAGGGCGCGGAUACCUGGAAACAAAAGAUUCUGUGCAUUUUUUUGAAGUUGUCCAACAAUCGCUCAGACGAAAACUCCAGAAGCUUCUGAUAGACCUGAAGGAGGCAGAGCUGUUCGCUGAUGAGCAAUCUGGAGAGAGGGACAACCUCUGCGAUGAAAUUGAAUACAUGCAUCGCCAACGUGAGAGAGCUCGUCAAGAAAUUGAGAACCUGAACAGGCAGAACAUGAAUUUGAUGAGGGAAAAUGCUCAGAUGAGAGAAAAGCUGGGUGAACCGGAACAGCAGGAGAACCAGGAACCUCCAUCAGUUCUGAGAAAAGUUCUUACUUACUGGUUGUUCUUGAGUCACUGGUUGCUCUAGAAAAUGUCCCCACAAGGAGCAAUGGUCCCCAUAACCCCACAUUGUGCAUGCGUGGGUUCUCUCCGGGUACUCCGGCUUCCUCCCACAGUCCAAAAAAGUUAAGUGGUCUCUCUAAAUUAUCUCUAGAUGUGUGUGUGCAUGGUUGUUUUCUCUGGGCUGCCCUGCRACACACUGGUUCUCUCCGGGUACUCCGGCUUCCUCCCACAGUCCAUAAAAGUUAAGUGGUCUCUCUAAAUUCUCUCUAGAUG